AUGGACGAAGACUACAAGCUCGCCAAAGAGGCUUUCGUGGCUGGCCUCGAAGGCACCAGCGCCCGCGAAGUGUUCCUCGUCUUUGCUAUAGCUCCAGGGAGUGUAUGGCUUUAUUCAGAGCUCCUGUUGCUGCUGGAAGUCGUGGGGCUUCGUCCACUGGGUGCCAAUGAGCAUUUGCAUUUGGUGGUCCAGAUCUUGCUGGAGUUCGUCGUGACGGUGGUGCCCACGAUGAUUGGCUUCACCUUCACCGAGUAUACAGUACCGAUGCUUAGUAUGGUGUACUGCUUCGCGGCAAUGCUGUGCGCAUUGUCAUGGCACCAUGCUAAGGAGUAUAUCCACAAACACUGCCGAAAGGAAAAGAUGAAUCAGUUACUCGAAAAGGAGCUGCCGUUCUUGACCAACUUUCGAGCUCAAAUCAUGCUUUCAACGUGCUUUGCUAUUCUCGCAGUUGAUUUCACCAUUUUUCCUCGUCGCUUUGCCAAGACGGAAAACUAUGGAUUUAGUGUGAUGGACAUUGGCGUAGGAGCGUUUAUCAUCUCGUCGGCGAUCGUGUCAGCACCUGCUCGUCAAGUCCGUUCAAGUGUCGUGACGAAGAGAUCCCAGUCUGGAUGCACGUCCUCACAUAGUUUUGCAAAGAAGUGCUAUAAUUUUCUUCGGCCCAUUGCAUUGGUCCUUGUCUUUGGAAUCGCAAGGUUUCUGACUGUCAAGGGUGUAAACUACCAGGAGCAUGUGUCUGAGUACGGAGUGCACUGGAACUUCUACUUCACCCUAGCGGGUGUGUACCUGGUGUACUCAUUUUUACGUACGCUUGGCAAAUGGGCAACAAGCCCUGUCGUCGCUAUUUCCAUCGUUUUGGGCUACCAGGUGUAUCUUUCCCAAUGUGGUGGUGAAAAGUACAUUUUGCAUGCACCUCGGGGCGAUGACCUGAUGAGCCAAAAUCGUGAAGGAAUCCUUAGCCUGGCGGGCUAUGCAUCUCUUUACAUGCUUUCCGUCAAUGCAGGACAACGCAUUUUCGCCAACAUCGACGCUUACGGAUCGAAAGCUCAGCGCAACAUGCGAUGGCUAGUGAUCACACUUUUGGCUGUCACCGUGAUGUUGUGGCUGUCAACGUACUUGUCUGUUCGACUAGUUACUCGUCCGUCUCGUCGAAUGCUGAACAUGUCGUAUCUGUUGUGGGUCCUAGCCGAGUCAGCGUCGUUGCUGGCGAUCUACUGCGUCGUCCAAACUGUCUGUAUACUACCAAGAGUUCCACUGCUCUUCCAAGGCAUUAAUCAUAACCAGCUCUUCGUGUUCAUCGUGGCCAAUUUGAUGACGGGGGCUGUCAAUCUAAGUAUGCAUACCAUCCAUACAAAGCCCGCUGGUGCGUCUGUGGUGCUGCUGUUCUACAUGCUGGCGGUCUGUGUGCUCGCCUCGGUGCUCCAGCAUAGCCACAUCCGCAUUAAGCUGUAA